AUGGAUCGGUUUUCUACUGCCGGUCUCCCCGACGUCUUCCAAUCAGAGCCUAUUCUACCAUCCUCCCAUAAAGAACCUCGCCUUCCACAAAUCCCAUCUUCCCCGCCAUCAGUUGCAUCGGAUAUCGGGAGUGGACGCAAACUUCGAAAACCUCCUUCUGUCACACCUCGAUCAUUCCGACGAUUUUUUACACCAAGAUCUCUCUUAAAUAGUGAAAGUCAUGGAAAUGUAACCGCCAGUCGCGAGGCCCUACGGGCGUUGACCUCGCCGGCCUUCAAUCGUCUUGCUCCAGCAUUUACUAGAUCGUCCGAAAGUCGCCCUCAAACCUCUUAUGAAGACCUGCCGCAAGAAACUUUCCAGACUCCAACUCGUAAAAGGAAAAAUUCUUUCUCCUCUGUCGCUUCCCCAAUACAAUCGUCGCCAUUGAAAAAAGUUCGUUUGAGAUCUCCGGCUGGCCAAGAUGUAGAGCUUGGUAACACAAUUCGGGAUAUGGAUUUGGGGACUCGGGAACACCACGCAGAUGCUCCGCCAAAACAGGAACCGGUGCUGCCAAUUGUUCGUUCACGGGCAUUACAGACGGCUGGAACUUUGUUCAUGCGAACAUUGGAAGGAAACCGCGCAAACCGACUCACCAUCCGGUCGACUUACGGAGCUGGCUGGCAGGAUCUCACUUCAAAUUUUCAUACACGACCUGAAGAUCGAUACAAAUGUACUAGCUAUUUGAGGCCUGGACGACACACAAUGCCGUUUUGCAAUGCUUCCUGUAACACAAACUCAUUGGUGGCUGUGGGUGAUGAAGAGGGAAGUAUUCGAUUAAUCGACUCUUCUAAAGACGACAAGCAAGGGUUUUCCGGCGCGUUUCUUCAUUUUCGCCCUCACCAGAACUCAAUCAUGGACUUAGAGUUCUCGUCCGACGACCUGUUACUGGCUACAGCUUCUGGUGACCAAUCCUCCAUGAUUAUCGACAUGACAACCCAGCAGGCAAUCCACUGUUUGGCCAACCAUGCUUCUUCGGUCAAACAAGUCCAAUUCCAACCCGCCUCUGGCAAUAAAGUCCUCGCUACUUGCAGUCGUGAUGGAAAUGUCAGUAUCUGGGACCUCCGCUGCAAAGGCUUCGAGCGUCCCGCUCAACAGGUCCGGUGCUCGCUGGAAUCAGAGGCCGGGGCUGACACCGAACCAUGGACUCCACCGGCUGCUCCUAAAAUGACCUAUCCCCAUGUACUCAACACCAUCCACGGCGCUCACAGGGACAUUACGCUUCAAAAAUUGUCUGCGGACAAGAACGAACCCACCCCUGUGGGACGAACUGAUAUCACUGUUACCUCUCUUGCCUUCCUCCCCGCUGGUCAGGAAAAUCUGUUUGUGACCUCGUCCGAAGCCAGUGCUAGUGUUCGACUUUGGGACCUGCGAACGGCAUACAGUAUCCGUCGAGGAGGUCGACCUGUUAUUCCGUUGUCUACAACUAGAGAGCCUGAUACUCAUAUCAAGUACCGAAGCUUUGGCGUAACUUCAAUGGCGUUAGGCGGCGACGGUUCUCGACUCUACACUCUCUGCCGGGAUGGCACUGUCUACUCAUAUGCUACUUCACACUUGAUUACCGGGCAUGCCCCAGAGCUUUCCUUAAACAAUGACCGGUUCCGUCGUACUGUUGGAUAUGACAAAGAGGGCCUGGGACCCAUUUACGGAUUCCGUCACCCACGUAUGCAAGUCUCUUCGUUUUAUGUUAAAUUGGCUCUGCGCAAACCGACACACGAUCACCCAGAAAUGCUGGCAGUUGGCAGCAGUGAUCAGUGCCCUGUUCUUUUCCCUACCGAUGAGCGUUUCCUCCAGCGUCCGGUUAAGACCCUCUCUGAUGAUAAUCUCCCUCGCCGCAAUUCUCUGUUUACCAAUCGAUAUGGACUUCGACGCACCAACUCCGGAACUGGCAAGUCUGGUCGCGCAGAGGAUACUAUUCCUAUCUACCAAUCAGGUACCCCUCUUGUUGAAGGUCACUCCAAGGAAGUGACCACCAUGUCAUGGACUUAUGAUGGUGAUCUCGUCACCGUUAGCGAUGAUUACACUAUCCGUUGCUGGCGUGAAGGCCCCGAAGCUCGUGAACUCCGCAAAUGUGGUGAAACCGGGGGUCGACGUCACAAAUGUGGCUGGGCUGAGACGGCAGACACCUAUGAUGAUGAAGACGAAUGA